AAAUAGUAUACCACAACCAAACAUCAUCAUGUACAUCUUGCGAUCAAUCACAGUCUUGACAAGUGUUGCGAUCGGACUGGUCGUCACCAGCGACCUGGGGACGCCGAAAUUUGACUGUCGAAAAGCAUCCUUCACCGGCAGAGAGCCGUAUUUCACCGUGGCUUUCUGCGGCAAAAACGGCGCCAGGGGAGGCUACGACAUCGUUCAGGCAACCACUUUUUACGGAACCUCGUUAGUUGGUUCUAACUGCCAUAAGCGCAAUCAUUCAACUCAAAUCUGUUGUAUACCGGGAGAGGCUUAUGUCGAGGAUCCGUCGCAAACAGGUUUUAUACCCAAGUAUAAGUUCGACAACCGUAAAUGCAAGGUCAUGGGAUUGGAACCGGAUUCCUGA